CCUUUUGAUUCACAUCGCCCUCUUCUCCCCAUGGCUGGAUAUAAAGACUGAGAAGCUCUCGGGCAAGCGCGCGCACGUGCACGCGCGACGCGAUGUGAAGGCGACGACGUGCACACUUUUUGCUUUGGAAACACUUGACACCUGGUAGCUUGGGCCAGUCAGCAUCAGGAUCAGGAUGACAAGAUGGCUGGCUGUGUGUUUCCAAUGGGACCAGAGAGCUUUCAGCGCUUCACGCCGGACUCCCUGGCGGCCAUCGAGCAGCGCAUCGCCAAGGAGGAGGCCCGACGCAACAAACACUACCAGGAGGACCUUGGCGACGUGGAGGUCCCUCGGCCCCGGGCCGACCUGGAGGCGGGAAAACAGCUGCCGCGCAUCUACGCCGACAUCCCCUCUCACCUGGUGGGAGUGCCCCUGGAGGACAUCGACCCGUACUACUUCAGAGACCAGAGGACCUUCAUAGUUCUGAACAAAGGCAAAGCCAUCUUCCGCUUCAACGCCACAUCCGCGCUCUACUUCUUCAGUCCCUUCCAUCCCGUGCGGACCGUCGCCAUCAGGAUUUUGGUGCACUCGUUGUUCAGUUUGUUCAUCAUGUGCACCAUCCUGACCAACUGCUGCUUCAUGGCCAUGUCGGAGCCCGCCACCUGGGCCAAAUAUGUCGAGUACACUUUCACGGGCAUCUACACUUUUGAGUCUCUCAUCAAGAUCUUGGCGAGGGGUUUCUGCGUGGGACGCUUCACCUUCCUGCGGGACCCUUGGAACUGGCUGGACUUCAGCGUCAUCGUCAUGGCAUAUGUCACUGAGUUUGUCGACCUGGGUAAUGUGUCGGCCUUGCGGACGUUCAGGGUGCUGCGAGCGCUCAAAACCAUCUCAGUCAUCCCAGGCCUGAAGACCAUCGUGGGCGCCCUGAUCCAGUCGGUGAAGAAACUGGCCGAUGUCAUGAUCUUGACCGUCUUCUGCCUGAGCGUGUUCGCGCUCAUCGGCCUGCAGCUCUUCAUGGGGAACCUUCGUCAGAAGUGCGUCCGCAGCACGGCGCACUGCGUCAACGACAGCCUGCCCGCCAAUGCGUCCUUCUUCUGCAACAACAAGACGUGGACGUCCAUGAGACACUUCACCAGCGACGAGGAAAACUUUUACAAGGUGGAAGGUGCCAAGGAUGCCUUGAUCUGCGGCAACAGCAGCGACGCAGGAAAGUGCCCAGAUGGUUUUGAGUGCCUGAAGGCAGGACGCAACCCCAACUACGGCUACACCAGUUUCGACUCCUUCGGCUGGGCCUUCCUGUCGCUCUUCCGACUCAUGACUCAGGACUAUUGGGAGAACCUCUACCAUCAGACGCUGCGCUCGGCCGGCAAGACCUACAUGGUGUUCUUCGUGGUGGUCAUCUUCCUGGGCUCCUUCUACCUGGUCAACCUCAUUCUGGCCGUGGUGGCCAUGGCGUACGAGGAGCAGAACCAGGCCACUAUUGCCGAGGCCUGCCAGAAGGAGCGCGAGUUCCAGCUGGCCGUGGAACGUCUGAAGAAGGAGCAGCAGGCAGCUGCACAGAAAGCCCCGGACUCUGACUCGCUGAUGUCACCGGAAGUGUCUCCCUUUGGACCCCACCUGGACCUGAUGGAGGAGCGGCGGCGCAGUCAGGCGCUGGUGGGGGUCGCCGACGUGGAGGCCAACCUAUCAGAGGAGAAGCUGCUACAGGCGGAUGGGACGGAAAGCUCCAAGCCCCUCCAUCCCCUGCUGGCUCGGUCUUUCUCCACCAGAACUCGGCGGAGCAGCCAGGUGUCGUCCAUCUUUAAUUUCCGGCUGAGGAGCCGCGGCUCAGAGGCCGAGAUGGCCGACGACGAGUACAGCGUGCCAGGCGACGUGGUGGAGAGCGCCGGGGGACGGACGUAUAGCGGCGGCACCUUCAGUGGGAUCCUGACGCAACCGUGGCCCAAACGCCGACCCAGCACCUACAGCACCGCCAGCAGAAACUCGCAGGUAUUUUAUCCCACUCUGAACAUCAACGGGAAGCUUUUUGUUGCCAUGGACCAAAACGGGGUGGUCUCGCCACCGCCCCUGCCGGGGCAGCUGCCUGCCUGCACCAUGGAGAAGGUCAAGGAGGAGAGUGUCCCGACGUCAAGCACGGAGCUCAGCACGGUUCUGCUCCCUCGGCCAGCGUCCACGCUGGGCUCGGAGCGUCGGGGCCGAGCGCCCAGCGCCGCCAGCCACCUGACGGACGCCAUGGAGGAACUGGAGGAGGCCCACAAGAAAUGCCACCCGUGCUGGUACGCCUUCGCCCAUCGCCACCUGGUGUGGGAGUGCUCCCCCUGGUGGCUGAAUGUCAAGCGUCUGGUGAAGAUCAUGGUGAUGGACCCCUUCCUGGACUUGGCUAUUACCGUCUGCAUCGUCCUUAACACGCUCUUCAUGGCCAUGGAGCACUACCCCAUGACCGACGACUUCAACGGCAUGCUCAGUAUUGGAAAUCUGGUAACGCACUCCGGCAACAAGUGA